UUCCGUAUCGUUAUAUUUGCAAGAUUUAAUCUUGAUAAAAAUAUAAAUACUUGACACUUCGUUUUUUUUUUUUAAAUUCAAGAAAUAAUUGCAUUUUAAAAGAUACUUUAACGAUAAAACUUCUAGUCUCACUUCUCAUUGAAAUCCAUUGUAAAUAUUUAUAAAAACUAGUGUUAAGUCUUUACCAAUGGUUAUAAAGUCUGUAUAGUAACAAUGCCCCUUUAUGCUAAAGUAUUUCUGUAUUAUGGACCUUAUGAAGCUGCAGGCACAGUGGAGUAUCGACAGUCUCGACUCCAGGGAUUGAAAACCAUUUUAACCAAUGCUGGCCAUGUGGUGGAGUUAAGACCCUUCAAAGAUUGGAAUGUGGUCGAGCUGUGGGUUAAUGGUGAAAAGAUUUACAAAUGUGAUAUUAGGAAACUAGAUUAUGGAGGAGAUGGUGACCUUGACCCACUGUGCCGAGAAGCCUGUCAUGCUGUUGCUAAAGCCUACUAGAAAGGGAAUGAACUGUUCAAGCUGUUAACUAAAGCCUACUAGAAAGGAAAUGAACUGAUCAAGAAACCUGCAUUACACAAUUAAAAAAAACAAUACUAAUCUCUAAAUGAAGCAAAA